UCUGUCGAGAUUCUGUCAUAGACUCUCUUUUAUUUUUAAUGUCAAUCUUUGAAAUGCAAACUGGAUGCACAAUAAAUUGAAACAAAUUAAAAGGAAACAAUAACCUGCAAUGUUUGGUUUUUAAUCAAUUAUAGGACUGUUUCGAAGUAAUUUGUCUACGUCUAAUAAACAAAUAAUAUGGCUGAUCCUGGCACCACUUCGGGAAACACCACGGAUUAUGCUCCGAGCGAGAUGCCUGCUUUUGAACCGGGGGAAGCAACCCCAGCGCGCCCUGGCGGGUUUCCUCCGUACCCGCCGUACGCGACAGAGCCAGCCCCGCCAUCCGUCGCUGACACCAUCAUAGCAGGCCGCGAUCUACGAGUCCAAUACAAAUCCACGCCGAAGAUGUCUGUGCGGAAACCGCCCAAACCAGCAAAACCUAGAGGUCCGAAGGCCAUGGACGUGAAGAUGAGUAAGCGCGCCAUGCGAGCGCAUGCGAGAUGCUUGCGGCGCCACGGCGCGGUCCUGACAGACCGCUUGGAGCGCAUGGCCAAGCCUCCGCGUCGGACUAUUAUUUAUCUCUGGCGAGAGCGUGCUAAUUUUUUGCCAGCGGAAACGAUUGCUCGAUUGCGUGCUAUGUUGGACGCUGACGAACCUUUCAAACCUGAUCAAGCAUACGAAUACUUUGUUAAUCUCCGGAAGACAAAGAAAAAGGUUGCUGCUAUACGUGGAGUGAACCAUAUAAAGAAGGAUAUGUUGGAGUUGUAUGGCGACAAAAGAUUCACCUGGGCGCGAAAUGCCACAGUUGCUUUUGCUCGAGGCAUCCAACAGCGGCUUUCGAGACCUGGAGCCUACGCUUUGUCCGACGGGAUGCUGCGUUUGUCAAAUAUUAUCCUGGAAGAUAUUUGUGGGUAUGCGCACAUGAGACCGCCCUCGAGAUGCUGCACGCAUCCUAAAGCGAAGUUUAUGAUGGAGAUGUCAGACAAAGUAGCUGUUUGGAUUGAUGAAAUCCUUGCAGAGAGUGACGAUCGGAUGCUGAUGAUGGACUUCGAUGAGGACGACGAUAUUAUGGGAGCCGAUGAGAGAGGUGACGCCGGAUUUGCUGAUGAAUUCCUUAACAUGAUGGGCGAUGGUGGUCUUCUCAAAGGACCUAAAUCAGCGUACUUAAAGUUUACUGGUGAAAUGUUAGAAGCGUUUAUGAUUUUGACCGAGUCUAUGAAUAAAAAGGGUGAUGAACAGUUACUUUCUCAUGGGAAAUUCAAUCAAACAUACACUGAGGCGGCUAAUGAAUUAAAACAAGCGCCAGAUUUUGAGGCGACUGAAUAUAACGCAACAUUAGCAAACCAGAUCAAAAACGAUUUGGACGCCACAGCUAAACCCGAUACACCAAAUCAUAUUGCUCGUUCUAUGGAAGAUGUGAUUGAAAUCUGCUCAAAUUAUCUAGCACAGAAUGCUGAAUUUAAUAAAGAUAAAGGACCGGCAUUCAAAUUGUUAGUAAAGGCUAUGCAUACCAAAGGCAACCAACAGCUGUUUACCAAAGGAAAAGUAAACAAAACUUACACUAGCGCAGGAAAUCAAUUAGAAAAAGCUAGAGGUCUGGACAGCGAUCAUGACGACCCCAAUUUGUCUCAAGAAAUCUAUUCUAAACUAAUGAAUUUGGUUCAAACGCAAACUCCCGCUGAAUUAAAAUCGGAAAUGGCAGAUACCGUCGAUUUAAGUUCAAAGUAUUUAUCGCAAGCUGCUAUUGACCAGAUCGAACGUGGUCCGGCAUUUGAUCUUCUGAUAAAGGAAUUGGAAAAACGUGGGGCGGAUCCAUUCACACCACAGUAUCCUCCAGUUGCUUCAAAAUUUGCUACUGCCUAUGUAUUAAAGUCAGCGCCCGGUUUUAGUGGGGUCACGCCAGACCCUGAAACGUCUCGUACUUUUGUCAAUGCAUUGCAUCUAGCUGUCGACCUUGCUACACCUAAAUCACUUGCAAACGAUAUGAAUGAGGUUAUUAAUAGAUGCGCAAAUUACUUAUCUGCAUUUGUGAGGGACAGAGAUAAAUCAUUACGAGCUCUACUGAAGAUGAUGAAGAGCAAACCGAAUAAUGAAUUAUGUAAAAGAGACAAUUUUAAAAUGAAUUACGGAACCGGCGCAGCUGAGAUUGAAGCUGCUCCUCUUCUUGUGCCUUUUGCGCCAAUUAAAGAUAUCGCAGAUGAAGCAAAAAGUAAUUUAAAUAGAGAUAUGCAAAAUCAGACGCCACCUACGUUGGGACUGUCUAUGAAAGCUUUAAUCCAAGAUGUAUCAAGAUAUCUAUCUCAACCAUUUGCUUUAAGAAGUGGCAUUGGUGGUAAGCGAUAUCCACUGAAUUUCUUAGCAGCAGUUUUAACUUCAUUGGGACGUAGACCACUUUUUAAGUACAAAGCAUAUGGUCAAACUUAUGCAGAUGCCGGUGAAGUAUUAAAAUAUUCUGGCCCGCUGGAAUCGAAUCCCAAGGCUGAGAAUCUACAGCGUGAUAUUAUAUCAGAAAUGCAUCGCGGAGUGCGCACCAGAUUAUCACCGACCUUAACCGGCGAUUUGAAAGUAACGAUGGAUGAUGCUUCUAAACACUUAGCUAAAAUUGGCUAUGAAAAAGGUGAAGCUUUGCAGCAUUUAGUAAACAUAAUGAAGGAAGAAGGCGAUGCACCUCUUGGUCAGAUACAAGGGUAUCAGCAAAGUUAUAUGGAUGGGGCUAGACGGCUUGAAAACGCAGAUAGUUUAACUGCUGAAAAGGUAGACAAGGGGACUUACGAAUCUAUAAGAGAAAAGCUUAUCAGUCUAACUGAAAAGAAACCAGGACCAGCCGAGCACGCUAAGCAAGUUCCAGGCGUUGUAGACGAAUCUGCCAAAUUUCUGGCAGCCCCGUUCCCAGAGAGUAAUACAGAAAAACGUAGGGUAUUAGCGGAUUUGAUGGCACGGAAAGGGGAUGAAAUUUUAGGUCAAGAUGGUAUUUACAAAAUAACAUACACUGAAGCUGGAGAAGAAAUAAUGCAAGCACCUGUUGGGGUUAUACCAUCACAAGACCCAAAGGCAAAACAGCAAAUGGCGGAAAAACUUAAUAGUGUAAUACCUGAAAAGAAGCUACAGGACUUACUUAAAGACUCAGUAAAUGAAGGAGCGGCUUAUUUAACUGACAUAAUAAAAGGAAGAGGAGCGGCCAUGCAGGUUUUACACGAUGGAAUGGCCGCGGAAAAGGAUAAGGAUUUUUUGACUGUUGGAAAGUUCUCAAAAACUUACGCACAAGCAGCACAAAUGUUAGAAAAAGCCCCACAUUUUGGGGGGCAGCAUCCUUCACCUGUAUUAUUAGACAAAGUUGAAGAAAAUUUAAAUAAUAUACGAACAUCUGGAGCUUCCGAAAUGGCUAAGCGACAUUUAGCAGAUACCUCCAGAUUGGCAGCGGCAUACAUUGCUGGAGUGGCAACAAAAGAAGGUGGUUUAGAUGCAAGUGCUUUUGGAGGUCCAGGUGGGAAGGAAACCAAAGCGGAUGCACGAACUGCACCAGGGGCAGGACUUGGAUUUGCUGAAGGCAGUGAAGUAGGUGCCAGUGGAGCUGCUGGGACUAGUACCAGCGACUCGCGCGUUGCUGCAUCUGCACGAGAUACUGAACGACAUCGGGCCGCGGCACAGGUCGCUGCCAGUACACCUGGGUCUGCAACUGCCGGUGGCCUUGGUCCUGCAGCUACUGGUGCUUUUGGGUCUGCAGCUGCUGGUGCCCCUGGGUCUGCAACUGCUGGUGCCCUUGGCCCUGCAGCUGCUGGUGCUCUUGGGUCGGCAGCUGCUAGUGCCUCAGGGUUUGGAGUUGCCGCUGGUCCUGGCUCUACAACUACCGGUGGUAGAAGAAGAACACCAGAAGAAGAAGAAGCAGAGAUGAGAAGGCAAGCUCGAGAAGAAGAAGAAAGACGACUUCGACGUGCCGGUGGUCAAGGACAAGAUUUUGAUCCUGAGCGUGAACAAGCGUUGCAGAUUCUGCACAGACAAUUGCGUGCGCGUGGCGGCGAAAUAUUUUAUAAGCAACCGCAAACGGAAUUGACUCACGCGCAGGCUUCUGAAUGGCUUUCAAUGAGACCACCCAUGAAAGUGGACAAGAGUGUUAAAGAAUCUGGAGAUACAGAGCGCCUUCAUAAGAAGUUCGAAAGAAAACUUAGCGCGCUUGUUAGCAAAGUAACUCCUCCUGAAAUGAUUGAUACAAUGCAAGAUGUUAUAAUAGAGUCUGCAAGGAUUCUUUCGGAAUAUUUUGUAUCCAAAAAUUACAAGGAGCUUGUUCGGACCGCUCUGAUUUCCGAAAUGCAGAAGCGAGGCAACGAGAUCCUCAUAGAAGUGGAUGGGGCUGCGGAGACAUAUUUCUUUGCAGCUCAAAGACUAAAAAAGACGAAUUCACUGGAAGUAGCAGAACCGUGUUCACAAGUAGCUUACAGCCUAAUAAAGAAGUUAGAAGACAUGAUACGGUGUCGGUCUAUGGCUCGGAAACUGACUGCAGCUAUGAAAGAUCACAUCAAAGAUGCAGCAGAUUAUUUAUCGGCUUACGUUACGAAACCAGAUGAGCAAAUUGAAGCGUAUGUUACAUUACUCAAUGAAAUGGAAGCAGCAGGUGACAAUCUCUUAAUAGAAGGUGACAUUCCAAAAUCCUUUAAGGAUUCUGCAGCAUAUCUUCGACACCUGACUUCAUUUCAAGAUGAGAUAGGACAUUCUGAUUCUGCUUUGCAAUCAGCAAUUGAGAACAAGUUAAAAACUCUUAUGUCCACAGUUGCUCCCAGGGGAUAUAGCAAAUCUGUUAUGAAUGGUGUCAUAAGUCAAUCGACUAGGCUACUUGUAUCUUAUAUUGUACUACAAGGUAUAAAAACUGAGGCCCUUAAAGUUCUGAUAGAAAACAUGGAUAGACAUGAUCAUAACGUUUUGUUACGUCAUGGCACGCUUCGGAAAACAUAUUUAGAUGGUGCUGACAUGUUACGCACAAAGAACGCUGAUCAGUUAGGCGUGUUAAGUGCUGAUCCUGUAGUGGCAAGAAAAAUACAAAUUAAACUUCGGAAUAUAAUGUAUUCUUGUACGCCUGAUAAAUACUUGACGCUUAUGGAUGAUGUUAUCGAGGAGGCUACAUUGUACCUCGCUGUGCAUUUCCUACAACCAAGAGUGAUUCAAGUUUGCAAGUGCAUGAAAAAUGUAUUCGUGCAAUGUGAGCUCUGGUGUGACGAAAUCUUGCGCCAUGUCGCUCGGCCGUGUUGCACGUGCUCGCGACACGUAUCUGCGCAAGCUCUGGCCGAUCUCGCGGGGCCAAGCCAACGAAUAGUCGUUAGUCCUAGUUGUUCUCGAGCCUAUGCUACAGGUAUCGAGAUAGCUCUAAAACCCUGCCCAUCUAGACCGGGGAAAUUUUCAAGCCAAGCGAAGCAGCCAUGCCCAGCAAAAACCCCGACCGAGGGAUGUAAAGGAAAUACAACACCUUCGUACCUUUUAUAUUCUAGCGCGUACCAUCAUCGCUAUCCUUAUGCUACCAGUUCAGAGAGACUACAAUCCUCUGCAGAUUCCGAAAAAGUAUUAUCACCACUUUCUCCCAGCGCUUUGUGCUCGUCACCACUGAAUUCAGAUUCUGUGAAGCAAGCUGUUGCUUCUUCCGAAAAACAAACUUUUGAUAAACGUGAGCCGUCACCAAUACCAGAAGAACAAAAACAAGAAACCGACACAUCGACGCCUACAUCAUUUUACACUCCUCCCAGUACAAAUUCUGACUCACUUCAUACUGCUAAGGCGUUUUGGCAAGCACAAACUACAAUGAUUGCUCAAUUGAAAACUCAAAUUAUGAGACCAGCGGAACAGCCAACGUCUAGCAGACCCAUGGACUCUGCAGCAUUGCCUAGAAGAAUGUCUGCAGUUAAGCGUGGAUAUAUUGCUCGAGCACCAAUCGUGACAACCGAUCAAAUGGCGGACUGGCAUGCAAUGAUGGUAAGUUUGAUGUGGAAUGUUCAAGCAUGGCGUGCUUGGAUACAGGAAAAUAUAAAUCGAGCCGUAACCUAUAAGUGCCAGAGUGGAAAUAAAUCACCAGAACGAGAAUCUUGGACGACUUUCCAAAGAAGAGUGGCUACUGAAGCUCUUCAAUGGAGGCAAUACAAUAACUUCAGUCGUCAAUUGUCACUUCGCUUAGCUUUGAGAUAUAGAGAUAAGAAAAUUGUUUCUCCGACUCGGGCUACAGUUAAAACGGAAAUUUACUUAGAGUGCCAAAAAGAAAUGUUGGAGAUCAUUGAUAUGUUCAAUCGCUGGACACGAUGGUUGACUGUAAUCAUCAAGGAGACUGAUUCUAUAACACAAGGAACUGAUUCUCAAAUGCCAACAUAUGAAUUGCGAUGGAAGUAUUUUAAAAAGAAAGUGGAAGAGUAUUUAGACGAUUGGAACAAAUAUGACACUCACUUGAAGUUAUGCUGGGAAGAGAAGUACAAAUCACUCAUAUCAGAUUGGAUACCAGCGGCGUCGUGGGGCCAGCCCGGGCCGGUGUGGGUGGUGAGCGCCUGCGGCGCAGUGCCUGGCGGUGCCGUGGCUGCCGGCACAUACGAGGGCGAAGUCACUUGGGUUGCCAGAACAACGCACAGGUGCAACGUUCUACCUGCAGCCCUACUUCCCUCGAAGCAUUGCUGCAUAGUGUACAGCGAUGGCGCAGUGCACCACUACACAAAAUAUCAGGUGAUGUGCAACGCAGAAGUGUCAUGGGUGGCGUGCCGCGCAUCUACGCUGGCCGGCGCGGACUCUGUGGGCGGUGUGGGCAAGAUGGGAGCGCGAGCUGUCCGGAUCGCCCACGGCGUGCACGUUGGUCGUGUGCACUACCGCGGCUCGCAUCUCGUGGGCGCCGUCCACGCGCCCACGUACCGCUGCCACGUCGUCAUAUUCGGCCGACCGUUCGCCUUCAAUUGCUACGAAUUACUCGUCCUUUCGCAGGACGAGAGAUAAUCCGAUUUUGGCUUGUGCAAAAUUAUCGUGCAAUGGAAUUUGAAAUUUUUUGCGUUCAACGCUUAUGUUGAUUGAGAUUGGGUUGAAAUUCAUGUUGCUAAUUGUGAUUUGAAGAUUUAUUCACUGAAACAACUUGAAAAAUAUUACGAUCCGCGAAUACGUAUAACGCAGACACGUUAUGUAAAUUGUUUUAUAUUGAUCAAUGACUGCAAGUGCGUAAUGGAAGUAGGUACCUAUCCAGGUAAAUUAAAACUGAUGUUGUUGACUGAAGGAUUCUUGAAUCUAGUACCUAUUUGAUUGGCUGAAUUCCAUUUCAAUGUGAUGUCCUCGUACAUCUACUGUAAUAAUUAUAUUCAAAAUAUAGGUUCGAUUAUAAUUUGAUUUUUGAACGUUUUAUCUUGUUUUGAGGUUUUUUUGGAAAGGAAAUAAAUUGUUUAUUU